GUUCAGUCCUGACUCGACACAGGGCCUCUUUUCAAUUGCAUGCCAAAUAGAGCUGCUGCUGCUGCUGCGACGAUUGCCGACCGGGACAUCCAGCUGUUUAUCCCUUCAACUCCAUCAUGUCAACCACUGCCUUGGAUUUGAGCAAGGUGCCGGCGUCAGACCCGCCCCCCGGCGUCACAGCCAACUUCAACAACCCGGAGAAUCAGAACUACCAGAUCUAUUCCAUCAAUCUCGCGCUUUGCUUGACAGGAACGGUCGUCUUGUUGUUGCGUUUGUAUACGCGGAUGGUCCUGCAGAAGACGAUCGCUAUCGAUGACUGGUUCUGCAUCUGGGCUCAGAUCUGCGCGUGGAUAUUCGCAAUUCUGGGGAUCGUCAACAUUGACAAUGGGUACGGGGUUCAUAUCUGGGACCUGCACCUCGACAAGAUCAAGCCGUUCAAGCAGAAUGAUCUGGCAGGCGAGGACGUCUUCGUGGUCGGCAUCUGGCUGGUCAAGACCUCGAUUCUGCUGUUCUUCCUGCGCCUCAGCCCCGAGAAGCGCUUCCGGCAGAUGACCUACGGCAUCAUGAUCUUCGUCGCGGUCUACAACAUGAUCAGUCUGCUCGUCUUCACGCUCGGGUGCAUCCCCGUCCAGGCCAUGUGGGACGUAACGCUGAUGCCGACCGCGCGGUGUGUCGACCAGCUGGCCUUCGUGUAUGCCAAUGCGGCCUUCAACCUGUUCUCGGACAUCAUCACGCUUGCGCUGCCUAUCCGGCUCUGCUGGUCGCUGCAGACCACCCUGAAGCAGAAGGUGCUGCUCAUGAUGGUGUUGAUGAUGGGUUCCUUCGCCUGCGUGAUCGCGAUCGUGCGAAUUGUCACUAUGAUGCCCUUCAUCCACGACGGCGACUUGACCUGGUACAAGGUGACCUUGGCGAAAUGGGCCAUGGUGGAAAUCAAUGUGGGCAUCAUCUGCGCGUGCCUCCCCGUGCUCCGGCCGCUGCUCUUGCAGCUGGCGCCGCACCUCCUGGGCAGCAGCAAGGUGUCCAGCGCGGCCAAGCCCCGCGGCCACGGCAGCGACGGCAGCGCCGAGGCGGUCGGGGCGCGCAAGAAGGUCAUCCGCAACUGGGACUAUCUGUCCACCCUGCGCAGCACCGCCGCGGUGCCGGAGACGCAGGACGACGUGGAGGCCAUGCACGAGAUGGUCAAGUACGACGCCCGCGAGCAUGAAUCCGGGAUCCACAUGUCGACGGAUUAUUCGGUCACGAGCAAGCGGGACUGAGCGUGCAGUCUAUCUGGAUACACUUCAGAUAUCUGGAGCAGAUAAGUGCGAUUGAUUGGGAUGCUGGGCUUGGGUUCCUGUUCCAGAAUGGCGGGAUGAAUGAAUGGGGAGUGCCCGACGGGGCGGACAGAACAGUUAGGGUUGAACAACCCCGUCUUUUUUUUUUGUUCCUAGUUGGCGAUAGGGGGUGGGCCAAUGUCUGGAUCGCUUUCUUUUUCCUCGAGGUUCUAGUUUUUAAUUUCUA